AGGGCAGCUUUCAUAAGGGGUAGACACUGGCUCCGACGUGCAGCGGCGCGCAGUGCAUUAUGGGGUAGACCGCUUCUCUUGCGACGACGGCAUCUGACGCUUCCAAAAUGGCUCAGCACUGGAGACGGAAGUGGCCCUUGUUUAUUAAAGUGGCUGAAAAAGCGGACUGUUUCUUCAGCUUUACCGCUGAUAUGCCGCAGUAUUGCGCGAGAUACCAGUGUGCGUAGCGGGAGGACUUGCAGUAUUGCGCGAGAUACCAGUGUGCGUAGCGGGAGGACUUAAAGAGCAACCGGAGGCCAUGCCUAUUAUACCUCAUAUCCUGCGCCGGCUCCUUCCCAAAGUCACCCAAACUCCAGCGAUAUGCAGACGGUUGGGGUCAGGCGCGGUUACUGCGGAACAGCUGGCUCUGCACUGGCAGAACGUCUUUCAGGAUCAUGGAAUCCCUGAGCCAGUUGAAUCAAGCGAGAUCCUUGUAGCUCAUAUACUCGGAGCCAAGACAUUUCACAGCAUGCCUUCACACCUGUCCCGUUCCCACAUCUCGGCAGAACAGCUGACGCUCAUAGAGGGAAUGGCACAGGAGCGCCUGAGAAGGGUCCCUGUCCAGUACAUUAUUGGGGAGUGGGAUUUCUUGGACAUGACGUUACAAAUGAGACCUCCUGUGUUCAUCCCACGGCCAGAGACAGAGGAACUGGUGGGAUUGGUGGUGGCUGACUGCGCGGUGCUGCGCCGUUCUGCGGAGGCCACGAUACUAGAGGUUGGCUGUGGAUCGGGAGCCGUGUCUUUGGCGCUACUCCGGAGCAUUCCUCAGGCGCGACUCAUUGCCGUUGAUAAGACUGAAGCUGCCGUCAAUCUGACCCGGGAUAACGCAGAGAGACUAGGUCUUCAGCAUCGGAUUCACGUCCUGCAGCACGAUGUAUUAUCAGAUCCCACAGAGCGUCUUCUAGACCUGGGCCCGGUAGAUGUUGUGGUCAGUAAUCCCCCUUACAUAUUUACAGAGGAUAUGUCUCAGCUGGAGCCGGAGAUACUCAGGUAUGAGGAUCAUUCAGCGUUAGAUGGAGGUCCGGAUGGGAUGGAUGUCAUUAAGGGGGUCCUGCGGCUUGCUCAUCACCUGUUAUCACCUAAUGGGGACGUCUUCCUGGAGGUGGACCCAAGACACCCCGACAUGGUGGAAGCGUGGCUGUGUGACCACCCCGAGGAAGAGUUACAGCUUCUCAGUAGUGUCAGGGACUUUUGUGGCAAGUCGAGGUUUCUUCACAUUCGGAGACGAUGAUCCGGCAGAGCCUCCAGCUGCGGGUGCCAGGACCAGUCACCGGGGUUCUGUAUCGCCGUACGUAGGGGACAGAACGUGCCACAGAGAUUGCAGGACGACUGGAUCACCUUUACUGCAUCCCAAACAAUUUCUGGAAGAUUUUUCUGUCUGGCUCCCUCACUUCUUAUCCUCUGACAUCUCCACCAUCAUCAUGGGUGAUUUCAAUAUUGCUAUUGAUUGUCCAAAAUCUGCUGCUCACGCCUCCAUAACCUCCUCUCUUGGCCUCUCCCAAUGGACUGACUCCUCUACUCAUCAGGAGGGCCACUGCCUUCAUCUAGUAUUCACCAGACUACGCUCCGUCUCUGAACUCACUAACACUCCUUUCCCCCUCUCAGAUCACAACCGUAUCACAUGCAUGCUCUCCUCCAUUACUUCAAACCCUGUGUUGCUGAAGUUCUCCAAUCCUCCUCAAACCCACAGAAAUAUUAACACAAUUAAUCUUCAAGAACUGUCCACCUCUCUCCAACAACUGCUUUCACCUAUUUCUGCAUUCACCUCUCCUGAGAUGGCUGUAUCACACCUUAAUGAGACUCUAGAACUAGCCCUUGAUGAAGUGGCUCCAGCUACCCAUCACACUCCACGUAGGCCUAGAUGUCAACUGUGGCACUCCAAAUUAACAAGACAACUACAAAAACUCACACGAAAACUUGAACGUCAGUGGCGUAAAUCUCGUAUUUCCAGUGACUUCCUCACAUAUAAGACUGUCUACCAUUCUUAUAGAAAUGCCCUGGACACUGUCAAACAAACAUAUUUCCAAACUCUUAUCUCUACUCAAGCCUCUAACCCCAAACGACUCUUUAAUACAUUUAAAUCACUUCUUGUCCCUCCCUCACCUACCCCACCAGCCACUAUCAAGGCACAGGAUCUUGCUUCCUACUUCAAGGAGAAGAUUGAUGAGAUCUGAGAUGAAAUGGUAUGCUCUUCCUCAGCCAGUGACCUGCUCCGUUCUUUACCUGAACCCUCUGGCACUCUUUCUUCAUUUGAUCCCACAAAUGAAGAUGAAGUAUCAUCACUCUUCUCAUCCUGCUUCUCUACUACCUCUCCUCUUGAUCCUUUACCCUCACAAAUAAGUAAAGCUCUGUCUCUGGUGCUCAUCCCAACCUUAACUAACAUCUGUAAUCUCUCUCUAUCUCUCUCUUUCUCUCUCUCUCUACUGGUAUUUUUCCUUCACUCUUCAAGCAUGCAGUGAUUACUCCCAUUUAAAAAAACAAAAUUCUGACCCUAACGCUCUCUCAAACUACCGCCCUAUCUCUCAGCUCCCUUGUCUCUCUAAGCUACUUGAGAGACUUGCCUACUCUCGCCUCACACACUUUCUUAACUCAUACACUUUGUUGGACCCACUUCAGUCAGGCUUCCGUUCCCAACAUUCCACAGAGACAGCACUGACUAAAGUAGUGAAUGAUUUGGUCACUACAAAGUCUAAAGGCCACUACUCACUACUUAUUCUUCUAGAUCUAUCUGCUGCAUUUGACACUGUAGACCACUCUCUUCUCAUACAGACACUACAGUCCCUAGGUCUUCAGGACACAGCCCUUUCUUGGUUCUCAUCCUACCUAUAUAAGCUUGCGAGCAGGGCCCUCCUACCUCUAUGACUGUUUGUUAUUACCCAGAUUGUUAUAUCAUUGUUAUUUCCAAUUAUAAAGCGCAACGGGAUUUGCUGCGCUAUAUAAGAAAUGGUUAAUAAAUAAUAAAUACUGGUUUUCUCA